AGAAUACGUAGAAGUAUAACACAGCACGAAUUAUGUAAUUCUAGAAACGUUAAUUUUUAUAUUUAUUUUAUGAAAAAUAUAUUUGCAACUAUAAUAUAGGCUCGAUUUCAAAUUUCGAGGCUAACUACUUGUUUAACAAACUGGACGAUUUCAAUAAAUUCAUCUGCGUAAGCUAUUUUUUUUUUUUUUUUGUGAUAUGUCUUCUUGAAGUAUUAUAUAGUGUCAUACACGACUAACUCUCCACGUACGAAGCCUUGAUGUGUGUGCAUUUAUUAUUCAAAUUUGCUGUUGAUCAUUCAGAUCAAUGUUCUAUAAACCUUGGACAAUUUCAUUCACCUUUAUUGCUCAAUAAUACUCAAUUUUUUAAUUAUAAAUUUAUUUCCUGAUAGCAGUUAAAAUUUUGUUGUCAUUAUUGAAUGUUUAAGUACAAUUAACAGGUCAAUAAAUUUAUCAACGUUUUUCAUGGUUCUUUUUUUUCCAUGAUUUAACAUAUUUUAAAGAAAUCAUUCUUGACUAUACAGUUUAUAUUCAGUUCAAUAAAAAAAAAAACUUGUGUAUUAUAUCACCGACCGUCUGAAAUAUUGAUAUUUUAGUCGCAUAUAUUGACAACAAUGAUUUUAAAAAAUUGUACAGCACAACACAAUAAUAAAUUCUAAUAAAUACGGUUAGGCAUACAGUAUGUUUCAAAGAAGUCACGUGGAAGGUUCGUUUCGGUUCACUUCGUUCUACAAAUAUUGAUCAUUGUGCCUUAAAGAGACAAUUACGAUGAUAUGGUUUUCAUCAGUAAUUUUAGCAAGUAUACUAAUUUUUAUCAUCUAUUUAUGGUUGUCUAAAAGUAUUAGAUUGCCGGGCCCAUGGGGAUUACCGAUAUUGGGCUAUUUACCAUGGUUAAAUCCAUCCAAACCAUAUAAAACGUUUGCAGAGUUAUCACAUAAGUAUGGACCAGUGUACAGUAUACAAAUGGGAAAACAUUUAGCUGUAGUAUUAACUGACCCAUUGAUUGUAAGGUCAGCAUUAGCAAAAAAUGAACUAUCGGACAGAAGUAAUUUUGAAUUUAUUGAUGAAAUUAUGCAACAACACGGUAUUAUAUUUUCAAACGGAGAACUUUGGAAAGAACAACGAAAAUUUGUUAUCAAUUGGUUAAAAACUAUUGGUAUGAAAAAGGUUGGAGAAAAAAAAAAUAAUUUACAAAAGAUGAUUAUUGACACUGUCAAAUCAGUUAUUUCUGAAAUGCGAAAAUCUAAUGAUAAACCAUUAAGCGUUAAAAACUUAUUGUUAUUAUAUUUGGGUGACUUUAUGAACUUAAUAGUACUGGGAAAAAGUUGGCCAGUAAAACAUCCUACGUGGACUUAUUUGCGUGACUUAGCAACUGAUGGUUCUAAAAAAUUUGCUAUUGCCAGUCCAUUAAGUGUAUUGCCUUUUCUUCGGAUAAUACCAAAGUACAAAGAUGCCGCCGCGGAUGUGUUAGAGGGCUCACGAGCUACUCAUAAUAUAUACCAACAGUUAAUGAAUAAAAGAACUGACGACGAUUUAGACAAAUAUGAAGAUUUGAUAUCGGUAUAUUUGAAAAAAAUCAAAGAAAUGAAGAAUUAUGAUCAGCAACACUAUUUUUCAACUAAACAAUGUACAUUCCUAUCAGCUGAUAUUUUUGGAGCAGGAGUUGAAACCACAAGUGAUACUUUACAAUGGUUUCUCCUUUACAUGGCUCUUAAUAAACAAAUCCAAAACGAGCUACAUAAUCAGUUAACAACAGUUUCUAGAAACUGUGAAAUAAUUGAUUUGGAAAUGAUAGAUGAUGUCCCUUAUUUAAAAGCGUGUGUCUAUGAAUCGAUGCGAUUGCGACCAGCGGCUCCAGCCGGAAUACCUCGUACUGUAAAUAAAGAAGUAAUUAUUUCAGGAUAUCACAUUCCAAAAGACACAAUGAUUAUACCUCUGAUAUGGGGUAUGCAUCAUAAUGAGAAAUAUUGGCCAAAUCCCUCCCUAUAUGACCCUUCAAGAUUUAUUGAUAGUGAUGGAAAAAUUAUAAAUAAUAAAGCGUUUAUGCCAUUCCAGGCAGGUCAAAGGACCUGUGUCGGUAAAAUAUUAGCUUACUGGAUAGUGUUUUUAUUUGGUGCCAAUAUAAUUCACAAAUUUGAAGUAUCUUUAGAUAGUUCAUUAUCAGAAGAUGAAAUAGAAACUAUUAUGGAUGGCGAUUAUGGAAUAACUCUUGAGCCUGGAUUGCAUAAGCUUAUAUUUAAACCUCGACAGAAUAUAUAAAUGUAUUAUUACUUCCUAAAAAUAUUGACUACAAUUUCUAUUAGUAGAAAUAACAAUGGUCUAUAAAAUUUAGGUUUAUUUCUAUCGUUAUAACUAAAUUUUAACACUGAUUUUAAAUCUGGAUUGGGAUUAACUUAAAUUAUCGCCUUAUUGAUUGCACUUUCGUGAUUUUGAAUCUAACCAAAGUAAAUUUCGGUUUUAUAUUUUGAAUUCCCUUAAGGAUUAGAUUAAAUUGAAUAGAUUAAUUACACAUUUUAAUAAAAAUCUCCAACAUUUCAAGAAUCAAUAUUCAUAGUCAUAUGAAAAAAAGUUUCUCUCUUAUUUUACUUUUUAAUUAUACAUUUUCUAUUAACAAUUACCAUAAAAAAAUAAGUGAGGUCCAUAGAAAAGUCCAGGUUUGAAAAUAGUGUGAACAUUUUAUUAUGAUUUUUAAUGAAAGUUCCUUAAGAACCAAUUGUACAAUUUUUAACAAAUAAUCUUAAUAAAAUUAAUUUAAAUUAAA